AUGCUUGUCCGCUGCCUGUGGCUCGCCCUGGCCGUGCUGGUCAGCACUGCCCAUGGCAUACCUACACCCUCGGAGCUGCAGCCGCGUGGCGAAAAGAUCCCUCCGCGGUCCGUGAAUCUCGACGAGAUGGACGCAGACGCCUACAAGAAACUCCUCGAGGACCUGCGCGGCGAGCUGGAGGCCUGCCGUCGGCCCGUCGCGCUCCACGUCCUCCCACCCCAGACGCCGAACCCGACGGCCGCCACCGUCGACUGGUUCGACCUGGGCCUGCACACGGGCGGCUUCACCAUCACCGUGCGGCUGCAAGCCGACAACCUGUACCUCCUCGCCUACCGCGUCGAGGGCUUCGCGAACCCCGAGUGGCGCGCGCUCGCCGAUGCCGGCCCCCUCGUUCCCGGCUCGCGCGCGCUGCCGGGCGGCUUCACCUACUCGCGGCUGGAGACGCAGGCGGACCUGCGGCGGCCGGAGCUCCCGCUGGGCCUCGGCGCGUUCCGCGGCGCCGCGUCCUACCUGGCCACGCACCUGCAGGACCCGCGCAACCAGGACGAGAAGAAGGCGCUGGCCAAGUCGCUGCUCGUCCUCGUGCAGAUGCUGAGCGAGGCGCUGCGCUUCCGCGUCAUCGGCGACCACGUGGCCGCCGAGGGCGCGCAGAUCACGGAGCGCAUGGCGCGCCUCGAGAACGACUGGGCGGACAUCUCCGAGGCGGUGCUGCGCGGCGACACCACCUACACGGACAGCACGCCGCUGCUCGCCAACGAGAACCAGCUGCAAAAGUGGGAGCUGCGCACGCUGGCGGCGGCGAUUGCGAUCCUCGGCAUCGCGCUGCAGCCGUCGCUGAAGCCGGGCCCGAGCGGCAGGCUGAUGACGAUGGCCGCGCGCGAGGACCAGUGCGGCGCGACGCCGCAGGGCCGCACGCUGCUCGCGGUGUACUUUGUGCGCAUCAACGACAUUGACGGCGAGGACCCGGGCGACCUCUACGGCAGCAUCACCGCGACCGACGCGCUCGGCACCGACACCCUCUGGAAGCAGGACCCGUCGUACUCGAUCAAGCCCGGCCAGGACGUGCCGCUGACCGGCCCGUCACGGCCCAUCUCGGGCUCCGGGGCGUUCUCCAUCGACCUCGAUCUCUGGGACCACGACGCGUUCCCGGACCCGUCGCCCGACGAUCAAGUGGCGGUCGGCAGCGUGCAGUGGAACCCCGAGGACCCGAGCAACCAGUACGACACGACGCACUACCAGCAAAUCUCGGGCGAGCACGGCUCCGCGUCGGUGCAGUACGCGGUCCUCCGCCGGGCCCUCACGGCGCGCGUCCAGGUCAUCCUGGCCAAGGGCGACGAGAACCCCGACGACGUCUGCGGCACCGUCACGGCCAUCACCCGCCUGGGCAAGGUCCUGCUGUUCGACGUGCCGUGCGAAAAGGACAAGACGACGCCCGUCAAGGAGAACGAGGCGGUGCCGCUGCGGCGCUCGGUGCUGGCGGUGUCGCUGGACGAUCGCCUCACGAUCGAGGCGCAUCUCUGGGACUGGGACCAGUUCUCGCCCAACGACGAGCUGGCCAACGGGAGCGAGGCGUUUGCGCCCAAGUCGGACACGAAAAAGACGAUUAGCGGAUCGUCGGGCAGGGUCGACGUCAACGUGGAAUGGAUCGAGCUAUGA